CUCAACAGGGAGCUAGACCAGAAGUACCAGCUGGGCACAGGGAGGUAAUAUUUUCAAGUUUCUCCAGAGGGGCUUUUAUAAGCAUCAGAGAACGUUAGGGUUGGCUGGUUGGGAAGAACAGGCAGUAACCGGGGCUGACCAGUGCUUCCUGGCUCCAGUGGCUCUCCCCGGGUUGAGGCUCAGGGAUACAGAAUAAAACAGAAGCAGGAGCCACAGGCUAGAAAACCACAGGAGCCAUGGCAGAGGAGCUCGACAAAGAUCCGCUGUGGAGCAGAAAGGGAGGCUGUGGGUUCUAGGCCUCCGUCCUGGUGAAGAGCCCUGGACCACGGAUGGCCCAAGCCAGACCCUCCUCCAUGUCUGUCCUGAAAGCCACCCCUGCCUGACUUACUGCAAGAAAUAGCUGCUUCCCAAUACAGCCAAAGAAAUCCCCAGGGGUCUCGGGUGUGGUGGUGGGGAGGAAGUAGACUUCCUAUGUGAGUUACCAGAGCUCCUGGAGCCAUUCCAAGGCGGGAGUGUGGGCGUCAGACACAGGCCUUUAAAACCAGACGGGCCAGCCACUGACUCCGAGGACCCAGAGGGCUCACUGAACCGCAGAGAUGAAAGGCCUCCUCAUACUGGCUUUGUUCCUGGCUUAUAGUGUGCCUGCCAUCCCAGGGAGCUUGCUAAAGCUGAGUGCCAUGAUCGAGGAUGUGACUGGCAUGGAUGCCCUGAUGAACUACGGUUUCUAUGGCUGCUACUGUGGCUGGGGUGGCCAAGGGACCCCCAAGGAUCCCACUGACUGGUGCUGCUGGACGCAUGACAAAUGCUACAAGCAUCUGGAGAGGAAAGGCUGCAGAACCCUAACACAGUCCUACAGUUACAGAAUCACACAGGGCCUGGUCACCUGCGAGUACCAGCCUUUUUGCCCAAUGCAGCUCUGCUCCUGUGACAAGAAGCUUGUCCACUGCCUGAAGAGAAACCUGUGGAGCUACAACCGUGAUUACCAGUUUACUCUCAACGCCUUCUGCAGUUAGUCGCCCUCAGUGAGCAGCCACACACACCGAAGCCAAACUCUCCUACAGCACAGGGGUUGUGCUAUGCAGGAUGCCCAGAGCACACUCUUUCUCUGAGUCCCCCUGGGGUGGGCGGAGUGCCGUGGCCACACUUCACCCUCCAGAGGAUUCCAGAGUAACUCUGGUUGAUGGCUUGGAAAGGCCCCAGGUCUCUGGGCCUCCGCAUGUUCGGUCAGCCCCCCAGGAGCCAGGGCUGCAUUUCAUUUUAAAUUUCUGUAAUGAGAUUAUCACCACCCGCUCCAGGGAAUCUUCACUCAAGUAGAAGCGAAAUUGACUCCAUAAAUCUGCUACACAGAUAUUAAAUAAAAUUCAUUCCCAAGGCUAAUAAAAAUCA